CCGGCCCGGCCGGUGGCAGCAGCAGCAGCAGCAGCGGGAGGAGGAGGAGGAGGAGCAGGAAGGGAUGGAGGCAGGGCGGGCGGCGGGAGCGGCCGCUGCCUGAGCGCUUCCUGCCCGAGCCGGGCGGAUCGCACAAAGGGCUCGUCGGCGCGGCCUCCCCGCCGGCAGCCCCCCGCCAUGGCCGGCAUCAGCUCCAUCGACGCCGUCAAGAAGAAGAUCCAGAGCCUGCAGCAGGUGGCCGAUGAGGCGGAGGAGCGCGCCGAGCACCUGCAGCGGGAGGCCGAUGCCGAGCGGCAGGCCCGGGAGCGGGCCGAGGCUGAAGUGGCUUCUCUGAACCGCCGUAUCCAGCUGGUGGAGGAGGAGCUGGACCGAGCCCAGGAGCGCCUGGCCACCGCCCUGCAGAAGCUGGAGGAGGCUGAGAAGGCGGCUGAUGAGAGCGAGAGAGGCAUGAAGGUCAUCGAAAACAGGGCGAUGAAAGAUGAGGAGAAAAUGGAGCUCCAGGAGAUGCAGCUGAAGGAGGCAAAACACAUAGCUGAGGAGGCUGACCGCAAAUACGAGGAGGUUGCCCGCAAGCUGGUCGUCCUUGAGGGAGAGCUGGAGCGCUCAGAGGAGAGGGCAGAGGUGGCAGAGAGUAAAUGUGGUGACCUAGAGGAGGAGCUGAAAAUUGUCACCAACAACUUGAAGUCCCUGGAGGCCCAGGCUGACAAGUAUUCCUCCAAGGAGGACAAGUACGAGGAGGAAAUCAAGUAUCUAGGGGAAAAACUGAAGGAGGCUGAGACCCGUGCCGAGUUUGCAGAGAGGUCUGUGGCGAAGCUGGAGAAAACCAUCGAUGAUCUAGAAGAGCGUUCCCAGCGGGAGGCCGAGAAAAACCGCGUUCUCACUAACGAGCUGCGGGUCAUCCUUACUGAACUUAACAACUGAGCCGCCCAGAGCUCCCCGUCCCAGCACCCCUGCCCCGUUUUGGCCAGGCUGGUUCAGGGUUGGGAGCCCCUACCCACUUCCUAGGGCUAGGCAGGGUGCAGAGCCUUGUCUUAUCCCCCUGGGAGUAACUGCCCAGGGGGGAGUUACUUGAGCGGGGGGACAGGGAACCCUUGUGGAGCUGACUGUUUUUUCUUGGGAGAGGAAUGAGGGUUUUUGUGAUGUCUUGGGAUGCCCACGUGGUGAUGGCUGUCCCUGGCCCUGCUGAGGAGGGGUGCGGUGGUUCGUAUCACUGCCUUCCUCCCCUUGUCCCUGGGGUCAGCAGCCAGCCUCUUCCUCCUCGCUCUGGUCAGGCCAAACUGUGCAGGGAGGGUGCCCUCGUAGCAGGGUCCCUGCAGGGUGCUGGGAGGGCUGGGACAGGACCUGGGCCCCAUAGCGCCUGCUGCCCCAAACUUGGGGCAGGGGACAGGAGAGAGCCUAGCAGCGAGUGCUGGGAGACGGGGCUGGGCGGGCAGAGCUCUUGUCCCAUCCCUGGCUCUAGAGUGAAGGAGGAUGCCAUUCGGAAACAAACCCCAAGCCUCGGCUGCCUUGUUAUCUCUGCUCCUUCUCUCUCUGCUGUCCUCUCUGCCUGCCCAGGCUGCUGUCUCACUCCGUGGACCACUGCUGGCUCACGCAGCAGGCACUGGCUCUUCUCUUUUGCUGGCCAAGGGUUUGUGCACAUGCCCACAGCCUGCCUGGUGGUGAUGCCCUGGGGCAGGAUGUGGCCAAGGAACGGUACCCACCAGGAGUACCUGUGCAGUAGAGGGCCCAGCCAUGGGCAAGAGGGCACCAUGGGAGGAUGGAGAUGCUGAAGAGUGGGGACCACCUUCAGUGACCAGCCUGACUGGCCUGGCCGCUCUGGCAGGUCCUGGAGCAGCUGGGCUCAUCCCUGCCGAUGAUGGGGCUGCUCCGCAGGGACACCCCGCUCGGCUGGAGGCUGUCACUGUACUGACAUGUCCAUCUGUGUGCGUGUGUCUGUGCCUGCUGUGGUGUGCGUGGGUCUGCCUGCCCCUGGGUACGCUUGGGUUUGUGUCUGUGUGCGUGGCUGGGUGUCCCUUGUAUUCACAGAGAGUCUGGCCAGUGCCAAAGAGGAGAACGUCGGCAUCCACCAGGUCCUGGACCAGACCUUGUUGGAGCUAAACAACCUCUGAGCUGCCCUGGGGAUCCCCCCUGUCCCUCCUCCCUACCCCACACGUGCACCCCACUGGCACGCUCAGGAUGUCAUCAGCUGAACUGCGUCUUGGCCAAAUCCUCACAUCCAUUGAGAAGGGAAGCCCUGCAGCCUUACACCGUGGCUCGGGGGCAUCUUGUCUGUGCACAGCCUGACUGGCUCCGUCCUGUCUUCAUGUCCAAAUAAAAGCAGUUUGACAAGAGGAA